UUUUCAUAUUUUGAAAAAUAAACCAGGUGAAAAAGAAAAAGCUUUUUCUCCCUGCGUAAUCAAACACUUCUCUCUCUCUUCUUCCCGACGCAUCCAUAGCCGCCGCGCCGCCUCCACUUCCGCCAGCAGCUCCGCCACAUCGCCGUUGUCACUGCUGCUGACGCUUCCGCGUCUGGUGGCGCUUCACAACUUUCCACCUCCAAAUAGAAUUGAAUAAUCCCAAAGUUUUUAGACUUCCGAUGGCAAGAACGCCGGCUAGUAAUGUACACUCUGGUGGCAAGACCGAGGUUCGUAUAGUUAUUGCCGGGGACCGUGGUACUGGAAAGUCGAGCUUGAUCGUAACUGCUGCGGCGGACAAUUUUCCAGUGAAUGUUCCCCCAGUAUUGCCACCGACGAGGCUGCCUGAAGACUUUUACCCGGAUCGUGUUCCCACCACAAUCGUCGAUACUUCAUCACGCACUGAGGAUAGUGCAAAAGUUGCUGAAGAACUUAAGCGAGCUGAUGCAGUGGUGCUAACUUAUGCUUGUGAUCAGCCUCACACCCUUGAUCGGCUGAGUACUUUUUGGCUUCCAAAACUUCGUCAAUUGGAGGUGAGGGUUCCAGUCAUAGUAGUGGGCUGUAAACUGGAUUUGAGAGAUGAGAAUCAGCAGGUGAGCUUAGAGCAGGUUAUGUCCCCAAUAAUGCAGCAGUUUCGGGAAAUUGAAACAUGCAUCGAGUGUUCAGCUUUUAAACAUAUUCAGAUCCCUGAGGUCUUUUACUAUGCCCAGAAAGCUGUACUUCAUCCAACAGGUCCACUUUUUGAUCAAGAAACUCAGACUCUAAAGCCUAGGUGCGUCCGGGCAUUGAAACGGAUAUUUAUUCUUUGUGAUCAUGAUAAAGAUGGUGCUUUGAGUGAUGCGGAGCUGAAUGAUUUUCAGGUCAAAUGUUUCAAUGCUCCUUUACAACCUUCUGAAAUUGUGGGGGUUAAGAGGGUUGUGCAAGAAAAACUUCCUGAAGGAGUGAAUGAUCGUGGGCUCACUUUGACAGGGUUCCUCUUUCUUCAUGCUUUAUUUAUUGAGAAGGGGCGUUUGGAGACAACAUGGACUGUGCUCAGGAAGUUUGGAUACAAUAAUGAUAUCAAGCUUGCGGAUGAACUUAUCCCAGCUCUUGGAAAGAGAGCUCCAGAUCAGAGUGUGGAGCUGACAAAUGAAGCCAUCGAGUUUCUAAGGGGAAUAUUUGAACUCUAUGAUGGUGAUGGUGAUGGUGCCUUACGGCCUCGUGAUCUUGAAGAACUAUUUUCUACAGCACCCGAGAGUCCUUGGAAUGAAUCUCCAUUCAGAGAUUCUGCUGAGCGAAAUGCAAUGGGAGGAUUGUCAAUUGAUGACUUUUUAUCACUGUGGUCCCUCAUGACUCUUCUAAACCCAGUUUACACCAUAGAGAAUCUGAUAUACAUUGGUUAUUCCGGUGAUCCUGCAUCUGCUGUUCGUGUGACAAGGAAAAGGCGGUUGGACCGCAAGAAGCAACAGUUAGACCGAAAUGUUCUUCAGUGCUUUGUUUUUGGGCCUAAAAAGGCUGGAAAAUCUUCUUUAUUGGAUGCAUUUCUUGCAAGGCCAUUUUCUGAGACUUACACUCCUACCACCGAAGAACGCUAUGCUGUAAAUGUUGUCGACCAACCUGGAGGAACAAAAAAAACCCUUAUUUUGAGGGAGAUACCUGAAGAUGGCGUGAAAAAACUGUUGUCUGGCAAAGAGUCUUUAGCUGCUUGUGACAUUGCACUAUUUGUGCAUGACAGCUCUGAUGAGUCGUCUUGGAAGAAAGCAACUGAUUUACUGGUUGAAGUCGCAAGUCAUGGUGAGGAUACUGGCUAUGAGGUGCCUUGUUUAAUUGUUGCUGCCAAAGACGACCUCGACUCAUUUCCUUUGGCCAUACAAGAUUCUACAAGGGUGAGCCAGGAUAUGGGUAUAGAAGCUCCAAUACCUAUCAGCACGAAAUUGGGUGAUUUUAAUAAUGUAUUCCGAAGAAUCGCAUCUGCGGCAGAGCACCCUCAUUUAAGCAUCCCUGAAACUGAGGCGGGCAGAAGCCGCAAGCAUUAUCACAAGAUCAUAAACCGCUCUCUAAUGUUUGUUUCAGUCGGAGCUGCUGUAACGAUUGUUGGAUUGGCUGCUUACCGUGUCUACCUUGCGAGGAAGAAUUCUUCCAGCUAAACGAUGAAGGGAAGAACGCAUCGCUUUGCUUUAGAUAUGGUUGGUAUCCUAAAUCUUUAUACUUUCUGCUGUUCAAUGCUCAACCCUUUUGUCAUAUUUAUCUGAGUCCAGUGGGUUUCCUGAGUUUGGGUUAUUAGAUAUAUAAUAGAUGACAAGUUGCAAUUUUCAAUCAAAAGAGCAUGGUUGUAGUUUUAGCUCUCUGCUUUUUCUGUAUAAUAAUUUUAAUUUGUCAAACCCUAUUCUGCUAUAGGGUUCCCUCCAAUGCUAGGGUUUAUGGUUGUACAAUCAGACCAGUUAUUCAACAAGGGAAAUGAAAAGUUUUUGCUAGAAAAUAUUCAAUUGUUUCUU